CUCCCCGGGUCCUACUCACAACCCGGUUUCAGGAUACUUCUCUAGAGAAAAGAGUCCUUGUUUCGUUAUCUGUACUAUAUGCGCAUCUUCCUGUCCAAUUCACUGACGCCUCCUCCGUCAUGAAAGCUCGACCAGGCCUCCGAGCCUGGAGAGGCCUCGUAUCAGUUUCCACAUCUUCCCGGCCAACUUCCUCGAUAUGCUCCCAAUGCCUACUGCAUACUCGAAAAAGAUUCGCCUACGUCCCUCCGACGCUCUCCUUUACAUAUCGCAGCUACCACCCGUCUCGUCGAAAAAAUCAGCAGUCAAUCCUCUCCGCAGCCGUAUCCACCGCACAAAACAUCAUCUCCAAAACCCUCCCCACCAAAUCUCCGCCAGCGACGGCUGGAAUUCCAGAGAUAUCUGUCGACCCACUGCGUAUGGUCGCCAAGGAGUUGAAAUUCCUCAAGAAGAACAUACGCCAGCUCCUUGGCUCCGGACACCCGCUCCUUGACAGAGUCGCCAAGUACUAUGCUCGCAGCGAAGGAAAGCAAGUACGCCCGUUGCUGGUGCUGUUGAUGUCGCAGGCGACGGCGUUGACGCCGCGGAGCCUGCAGGACAGACAGAUCUUGAACACGGAGGGAAUCAAUGCCUCGAUCAGUUCGCCAGCAAUCCUUGCCGACACGAAUCCGGAUUAUAACCUCUUGACGGCGCCGAUGACGGGAAAUGAAACGGCGUAUUCUUUUGCGGAGGGCGAUGUGAAUAUUUUGCCUUCUCAGCGGAGAUUGGCGGAAAUCACAGAGCUGAUUCAUACUGCGUCCCUUUUGCACGAUGAUGUUAUUGACAAUGCAGUUACGCGUCGGUCGGUUGCGUCCGCGAAUCUCGAGUUCGGAAACAAGAUGGCCGUGUUAGCCGGUGAUUUCUUGCUUGGCCGUGCCUCUGUGGCUUUGGCGAGACUGAGAGAUCCUGAGGUUACCGAACUGUUGGCCACUGUGAUCGCCAAUCUGGUGGAAGGCGAAUUCAUGCAGCUGAAAAACACGGCGCAGGAUGAGAGAAAUCCGGCAUGGACAGAGGACAUCAUCGCUUAUUACCUGCAGAAGACAUAUCUCAAAUCUGCUAGUCUGAUUAGUAAAUCCUGCCGUGCGGCUGCGCUCUUGGGACAGACCGCGCCUGAGGUUGUGGAGGCUGCGUAUACCUACGGAAGGAAUUUGGGCCUGGCAUUCCAGUUGGUGGACGAUAUGCUGGACUACACGAUUAGUGGUGAAGAGCUAGGUAAGCCAGCUGGCGCAGAUUUGGAGCUCGGUCUCGCCACUGCUCCAUUGUUGUUUGCUUGGAGAUCGCAUCCCGAGCUUGGUGCACUGGUAGGAAGGAAAUUCUGCCAUGAAGGAGAUGUUCAAUUGGCUCGCCAAAUUGUCGCCCAGUCUGACGGCCUUGAACAAACUCGUGCCCUGGCCCAAGAGUACGCAGACAAGGCUGUGGAAGCUAUCAGCAUCUUCCCAGACAGCGAGGCGAAACGUGGCUUGAUCGAUAUGUGUGAAAAGGUUAUGACCAGAAGAAAGUAAACCGGCAGUCUUAUCCACCUAUGUCAUCCUCGGAGUUUUACGGCCGAAUCUACCAUCGUGUUGAUGAAAGCGAGCCAGAGUCCCCUCGAGUUUGAUUAUUGUAUAAUCCGCACAAGUGGAAAAAUAGAUUUGGAGAAGAAAAAAGCAACCCAAAAUUUGUCACUAGAUCUUCACACUUCCACCUUUAGGACUAUCUUGUUGUUUAGCCCUCUAUCGAUGGCUUCUCACGGAUUGGUAUUGCUAGAGUUUGUAUUCUGCAUACUUGUUUUGUUUGUUUUUGAUAACUACUGCUCUCCCAUUUGCUACCUCUUGGUCUAUAAAUCAGACUUACUUCUAUGGGCCUCUCUUCCUGGUUGGCUGUCUGAUUAGCUUUCAUAUUAUUACACCGUGCCCCUAUUUCCUAUUAUUAUCCCUCUAUGUGUCUGUCUUGUUUCCAGUGCUGCGCCUUUUUCUUAAAGGCCAGCAGAUACUCCUGUCUGUUGUGCUGUGACUUGCCUGUACAAAACCCAUGUAUUAUUAAACCUGGAAGGACUCCUUAUGGGAGAAAAACCGGCAUGGCGUACUUAGUGUCAGGAGUUCUAGUUUAUGCAUGGUUUUGUAUAUAUAAGUGUUACAUACAAGGAGAGAGAAGAAAA